AUGACGAACACUCGUAAUCAAGAGGUCGAUACCACCUUGAAGCCCCACGACAAGGCAAUCACUGAUAUCCAGGCCGCUCUAUCCACACUGAUGAAGCAACAGGAGGAGAUCCUGAAGGUUGUUCAUGACAAAUCGGUUCAGUCAUCGGGCAGUUCUUUCGGGUCUUUUUCUGGUCCAGAUUCCGAUUCACGUGGUUCGAAGCCGUUUCGUAUUGGUAAGAUCGACUUCCCUAAGUUCUCAGGGGAAGAUGUGGAGGGUUGGGUCUACCGUUGUGAGCACUUCUUCGCAAUGGAUGAUACGCCAGACGAGUCCAAGCUUCGUUGUGCGGCGGUUCAUUUGGAGGGUGAUGCACUCCAAUGGCAUCGCGCAUAUCUGAAAACAAGGAACGCCACGGUGGCCGAGGUUGCUUGGCCGGACUAUGUUAGAUUAAUUUCUGCGCGCUUUUCUGAUGCGUUGUUUGAAGACCCUUUGGAAGAGAUGGCGUUAUUACAACAGACCGGAUCGUUACAGGAGUUGAACACCACCUUUGACUCGCUAUUGAACAAGGUUACUUUGAGUGAAACUCAAGCCGUGAGCUUAUACAUCAAAGCCCUCAAACCAGACAUUCGGGGACCGGUAAAAAUGUUUAGACCUCGUACGUUGCAUGAGGUGUACAGAUUGGCUAAAACCCAAGCCCUCAAUAAUGAAACCUUGGAGGAUAAAUUUGCACCCGGAAAAUGGAGCGGGGGAGCCGCAAAGAACAACAGCAAUGUAAAAAUCACACCACCUACUAAUGCCGCUAAAAUGCCAAUCUUGCCCACACCGAACCGAGCAUCAACUGUAAAUUCGCGGCCGGCUAACAACCAAUGUCGCUUGACCAGCAAGGAAUUAGAACAGAAAAGGGCGAAAGGGGAGUGCUUCUGGUGCACCGAAAAAUUCGUACCGGGUCAUGUGUGCGCGAAACCCCGUAAGCAACUUUACAUCAUCGAAGCGGAUGAGGAGGAGGAGAAAUCUAUAGAGGAAGGGGAAUCUGACAAGGAAGAUGAGACAAAUCAUCAGAUCUCGAUUCAUGCCUUAACCGGCAUUCCGUCGUACUCGACAAUGCGGGUAAAUGGGUCGAUGGGUACUCGCCAACUCCACAUACUUAUCGAUUCGGGGUCGACACAUAAUUUUCUUAAAGAACGGCUGGCCAAGAAACUGGGGUGUGAGGUUGCAUCGAUAGCACCAGUGACUGUAGGGGUGGCGGAUGGAAAAAAACUAACUAGUACGCAGGUGUGUAAGGAAUUCCAAUGGAACAUGCAAGGAAACUGGUUCACAACCGAGGUACUUUUAUUGCCGCUUGAAAGUUAUGACAUGAUUCUAGGGGUGCAAUGGUUGCUUCCUUUAAACGACAUCCUAUGGAAUUUCCAAAAAAUGACGAUGAAGUUCGAACUCGCGGGUAAAGGUUAUGAGUUAAAAGGACUGCAAAAUAAUUUGUUCGCGGUGUGUUCUCUGGAGAAGGUGGGUAAACAUGCACGAGCCGGGGAUUUACAACUGUUUAGUUUACACUUGACCAAUGGCGAACAGGGGGAUAAUUACCACUCUCGUGUGGUGAACGUUCCGGGGGGACAGGAGGGAACCGAGAGAUGGAAGGAGUUAGUGGCUCGGUUUGCAUCCGUUUUCCAAGUGCCCAAGGGGUUACCGCCCACUCGACCGUUUGAUCACAGAAUAGUUCUAAAGGAGGGCACCACUCCUAUUAGUGUUCGGCCGUAUCGGUACCCGGCGGUACAGAAGGAUAUCAUUGAAAAAACCACUCGGGAACUGUUGGAUUCGGGAGUAAUCCAGAAUAGUCAAAGUUCAUUUGCAGCCCCGGUAGUCCUGGUAAAAAAGAAAGACGGCCAAUGGCGAAUGUGUAUGGAUUAUAGGCGUCUCAACGAAGCAACGGUAAAAGAUAAGUUUCCUAUUCCGCUUAUUGAUGAACUGUUAGAUGAGUUAGCGGGAGCCUCUUUUUUCUCAAAGUUGGAUUUACGGUCCGGGUACCACCAAGUUAGAAUGGCAGUCGAAGAUGUUCCGAAAACGGCAUUUCGUACACAUGAGGGCCACUAUGAGUUCCUUGUCAUGCCUUUCGGCUUGACAAAUGCUCCGGCGACGUUUCAGGCUCUUAUGAACCACAUCUUUAAACCCAUGCUUCGGAAAGGAGUGUUGGUUUUUUUUUGA